GUGAUGAUGAAUUAUUGUUCAAUGAUGUUAUUGUAGAUGUUGAUGAUGAAUUGUAUAGUAUUAUGAGAAAUGAAAAUAAUGAAAACAAUGAAGAAAGUGAUUAUUAUAUAAGUGAUUAUGAUUUAACUGAAAAUUCAGGUAGUGAGGAUGAAUGGAGCAAUAUAGAUUUGACAAACCACCUUGUGAAAUCAUUUGAAAUUACAGAAGAAGCAAUUGCUAAACAAAAUCUAAAUUCAUUUGAGGUUCUUAAAGAAGCUUCUAUAAAACCAG